UUCCCCUCUCUCUCUCUACUGUCGUCUCUUUCUCUCUCUCUCUACAAUAAACAUUUGCCUGUCUUCUCUCUCUUCCCUCCCCUUGGCAGACAGUAAAGAGAAACUCGAGACCACCUCUCUCUCUCUGCAAUAUAUCUCAUUUCAUUUGUUGAAACACCGAAAAGCUCUCUCUCUCUCUAACACGCAGCGGUCGUUUAGUUUUUCUCUAUCUCCUUUAACAGAGAGAACAAGGAACUCUCUUUCUCUCUCUCUCUCUACUUUGUGUUGGUUUGGCAGGUAGAAACAUGGCCACUGGCAUAUGGCAGCCGCAGGAAGAUGGGCUGAGAGAGAUCUGUGGGCUUUUAGAGGAAUAUCGAUCCCCAACCUCUGAUCAAGCUCGCAUAUGGCAACAGUUGCAACACUACUCCCAGUUCCCUGAUUUCAAUAACUAUCUUGCAUUCAUUCUUGCUAGAGCACAGGGAAAAUCGGUUGAAGUGAGACAAGCGGCUGGUUUAUUAUUGAAAAAUAAUUUGAAAACUGCUUUCCAUUCGAUGGCUCCAUCAUAUCAGCAGUACAUUAAAUCAGAACUAUUACCUUGCUUGGGCGCUCCAGACAGGCACAUCAGGUCUACGGUUGGUUCAGUUGUCAGUGUCAUUGUUCAACAAGUGCGUGUUCUUGGCUGGCCUGAGCUUUUGCAAGCAUUAGUACAAUGUUUGGAUAGUAAUGAUUUGAAUCACAUGGAGGGUGCUAUGGAUGCUUUGUCAAAGAUGUGUGAAGACAUUCCAGAAGAGCUUGAUACAGAUGUACCAGGAAUGACAGAACGGCCGAUUAAUGUAUUCUUGCCAAGGCUAUUUCGGUUUUUUCAGUCCCCUCAUCCUUCUCUUCGAAAAUUUUCUUUGGGAUCUAUAAAUCAGUUCAUUGUCAUGAUGCCCACUUCUUUGCUUCUAAAUAUGGAUCAAUACCUUCAGGGUUUGUUUCUUGUUGCCAAUGAUCCUACAGCAGAAGUGCGGAAAUUGGUCUGUGGGGCACUGGUUCAAUUAAUUGAAGUCCAGCCCUCUUUUUUGGAGCCACACCUGAAUAAUGUUAUUGAAUACAUGUUGCAAGCAAAUAAGGAUCCAGAUGAUGAGGUUGCACUAGAAGCUUGUGAAUUUUGGUCAGCAUACUGUGAAGCUCAUACACACUAUGAUGGCCUCAGAGAAUUCUUGCCGCGUCUGAUUCCUGUUCUGUUGUCAAAUAUGAUUUAUGCUGAGGAUGAUGAGGCACUUGUCGAUGCUGAGGAUGACGACUCUGUUCCGGACAGGGAUCAGGAUUUAAAGCCACGUUUCCAUUCAUCACGGCUUCAUGGAGCAGACAAUGUUGAUGAGGAGGAUGAUGAUGACAUUAUAAAUGUAUGGAAUUUGAGAAAAUGUAGUGCUGCAGCCCUUGACGUCCUCUCAAAUGUGUUUGGAGAUGAGAUUCUUCCGACUUUGAUGCCUUUGGUUCAAACCAAGCUUGCUACUACUGAUGAUUCUUCCUGGAAAGAGAGGGAAGCUGCUGUUUUGGCUCUUGGUGCCGUUGCCGAGGGCUGUAUUAAUGGCCUCUACCCUCAUUUGCCUGAGAUUGUAUCAUUCCUGAUACCACUUAUAGAUGACAAAUUUCCUCUUAUAAGGAGUAUUACAUGCUGGACACUUUCACGCUACAGCAAAUGGGUUGUUCAGGGCAUUGGCCAUCAGAAAGGGCACGAGCAGUUUGAUAAGGUUCUUAUGGGCCUUCUAAGGCGGAUUUUGGACUCCAAUAAGCGAGUGCAAGAGGCUGCUUGUUCUGCUUUUGCUACGCUAGAAGAGGAAGCUGCAGAAGAGCUGGCCCCUCGCUUGGAAAUUAUAUUGCAGCACCUUCUUUGUGCUUUUGGGAAAUAUCAGAAAAGAAACCUUCGUAUUGUGUAUGAUGCAAUUGGUACAUUAGCGGAUGCAGUUGGACAAGAGCUUAAUCAGCCCGGUUAUCUUGAAAUAUUGAUGCCUCCAUUAAUCUCAAAGUGGCAACAGCUGACUAAUUCAGACAAAGACCUGUUCCCACUCCUGGAGUGCUUUACAUCAAUAGCACAGGCAUUAGGUCCUGGAUUUUCCCAGUUUGCAGAGCCGGUUUAUCAGAGAUGUAUCAACCUCAUACGAAUGCAGCAGCUGGCAAAGGUUGACCCUGUAGCUGCGGGUGUUCAAUAUGAUAAAGAGUUCAUAGUUUGCUCUUUGGAUUUGCUCUCUGGACUUGCAGAAGGACUUGGCAGUGGGAUAGAAAGCCUGGUUGCACAAAGCAACCUGAGGGACCUGCUUUUGCAAUGCUGUGCGGAUGAAGCUGCUGAUAUUCGGCAAAGUGCCUUUGCGCUUCUUGGUGACCUUGCUAGAGUUUGCCCUGUUCAUUUGCAUCCUCGUCUUUCUGAUUUCUUAAGUGUUGCAGCCAAGCAACUGAGUGUUCCUGAGGUCAAGGAAACUGUUUCAGUUGCAAAUAAUGCUUGUUGGGCCAUCGGUGAAUUGGCUGUUAAGGUUCGCCAAGAGAUAGCACCUGUUGUUUUGACUGUUAUUUCAUGUCUGGUUCCUAUUAUUAAGAAUGCAGAGGGCCUGAACAAGUCACUCCUAGAAAAUAGUGCAAUCACAUUGGGGCGGCUGGCCUGGGUCUGUCCUGAUCUUGUAGCUCCCCAUAUGGAGCAUUUCAUGCAACCAUGGUGUGCUGCAUUAUGCAUGAUUCGUGAUGAUGUUGAGAAAGAGGAUGCCUUUCGCGGUCUUUGUGCAAUGGUGAGAGUGAAUCCAGGUGGUGCCCUCAGUUCUCUUGUGGAGAUGUGCAAGGCAAUUGCGAGUUGGCAUGAAAUAAGGAGUGAGGAUUUACACAAUGAGGUCUGCCAAGUCCUACACGGUUACAAGCAGAUGCUUAUGAACGGAGGAUGGGAGCAAUGCAUGUCUGGCUUGGACCCGCGAGUUAAGGAAAAGCUCUCUAAGUAUCAAGUAUGAAGCUUGUCACAUAGCUAUGUUGGUGUUUUAGAGGUGGUGAUCCUGUGAGCUACUUCGUUGGUAUAUGUUUGAUGAGAGAGAGAGAGAGAGAGCUCCAGUGUUUUUGUUCUUGAGAGGAGUGAGCGAGAGAGGGAGAGGUUCAGCAAGAGAGAGCUCCAGUGUUUUUGUUCUUCAGAGGAGUGAGCGAGAGAGGGAGAGGUUCAGUAUUUCUCUUCUUGAGAGGUGUGAGAGAGAGCUCCGGUGUUUCUGUUUGAGAGAGGGAGAGAGACUUUUUUCUUUUGAGAGAGAGAUCAUUGUUUCUGUUAGAGAGAGAGAGAGAAGAGAGAG